CGCCGCGCCGCGCCGCGCCCCGCCCGAGGCGGGCUCACUGCCCGAGGGCGACCCGUGCGCCUGGAGGGGCUGGAAAACUACAAGUCCCGACGGGCAUUGCGGGGGGCGGGGCCCUGCGCGCGGUAUCCUUUGCUGUGCCGCGGGCGCUGUGCAUUCUAGGGAUUGUAGUCUUCCCGCCUACGGCGCCGGAGCCAGUCGCUGGUUGCUAGGCGACGACGCCCAAACGGUACUCCACCCCCCACGGUUACCCCCUCUGGGUGGUUUCGGAAUCCAGGCCGAGCAGGAGCGAAGUAGGGGACCCACCCGGAUAUCCUAGUCCCCUGGCGUCCGCUGGGCCUGGCAGCCCCGGCGGGGGAAGACGAGAAGGAAGGUGCAGGAGCGCCAACGGAGCCCGCCGGCAGGGUCUCUCCCUUGGAAGAUGGCCUACUACGGAGAGUGCAUUGAAACUGUGAUUGAGCAGCUGGACAAAUUUAAACCUAAGAAGGACAGUCCGGAGCAGUUUCUGGAGGCCGCAUCUACCUGCCUGCAGACUCUGAGCCCCCAGAAGCAGGCGUUCAUUUUGGAAGUUCUGUCGGGAUGCCUCGAGUACCGGAAGUUGCUGACCAUCGUGGUGGACGCCUUCUACAUGCGGGAUGGCCAGCUCUGCCUAUGGUCCGACUACAACCUCUUCCAGGUGAUCUGCUACCUGGCCACUUUCCAGCUGGAGGAACUCGGCUUUCAGCUCUUCUGCAACAUCGUCAAGUCCCAGCCAGCAGACAAGAUGUACAAGUUCCUCAGGUUCUUCUUCAACCCCUUACACCUGUGCUCGUGGAUCAAGGACGAGUGGAGCCUCAUCUAUGAGAUGGCACACGUGAAGGAGACCUGGACCGAUCCCCUGAUGAGAUGGCAACCGGAAGUCCAGGAGCUGAUCGACCAGCUGGAGAGGGUGUUGACCAAUCAGCUCCCUCUUUCAAAGACCAAGGCCAAGGUCACAGAGCCCAAGCAAUUUAACCUGACUGUCCCCAAGCCCCGUGCCAUUCCAGUGCCCGCGCCAGUCCCUGUCGUGGCCAAACCAAGACCAGUCCCCAGGACCACCUACCAGUCACCCAAGGAGCAGCAGGUGCUGGAGAUGACCAACAGGUGUAACCGCCGGAAGGCGGAGGAGCUGCUGCUGAGGGCAAACCUGGGGGAGAUGCGGUGUGCGAUGCCCAGGGAGGCCCCUGUGCAGGGCUCCAAGAAGGCGCUACGGCUUCAAUCGCCUCCCCGAAUCCGCAAGGCUCUGCAGCUGCUCUUCUGCAGGCCCAAUGACGACAUCCCAGUCAAGCUGAACACUGCUGCCAUCCUGCGAGAAGGGGCCUUGUACCACCGGCAGGUGGAGAAAGAGCUGCAGAGGGUGGACAAGCUUGUAGACGGGGCCAGGGACUUCUCCGAGUUCCUUGAGUGGCAGAGGAAGAUGCAGGCGAAGGACUACCAGGAGCAGCAGGCUGCCGGCGAGUGCCGGAGGCUGCAGGGCAAGCUCAGCCAUGAGGAGGCUGUCCUGGCCCGGCAGCGUCUCCUGCAGGAGAACAAGCAGAAGGCAGACCGGAAGAAAGAGGAGAUGGCCGAGCUGACACAGCAAUGUGCGGAGAGACGCCUCCAGGAGGAGAGGUCCAUGAAGGAGCUGGUGGAGCAGGUGAUGGAGGGGCACAGGAACAUCCAGGUGGCGCAGAUGAAGCUCCUGAAGGGCCGACAGCAGGCAGUCCAGGAGGUGAGGGAGGAGAGCCAGGAGCUGCUGCAGCGCAGAGCACAGGAGGCCCGGGAGGAGCAGACACGGCGCUGUGAGCUCAUCUGCCAGCUGCGAGCCCUGGAGACACAGCCCACACGCAAGGGCAAGCUUGUGGACCUGACCCAGAUCCCCGGCUAUGGCCUGGAAGGGGAGAUGUCCGUUGUGGAGCUGCGGGAGCGGCUGGCCCGGCUCAAGGAGGCCCAGAAGCGGGAAGAGGAGGAGAAGCGGGACCAGAUCAUCCAGGGCAAGCGUGCCAAGAGCCAGGAGCUGCAGAAUACGCUGGAGCAGAUCUCGCUGUGCCGCUCAGCCAUGGGCAGGUCUGCGGCCUUGAGGUGCGAGGCAAGGAAAGCCGCGGCCCGGGGCGCGCCCUCCCAGGACGAGCGCGUGCUGGAGCUGCAGCUCAGGAUCCAGGAGAAGGCGGCCGAGCGCCGCAGGCAGGCGGCCCUGCUGCACGUGUCGGCGCCGCGGGCUGCGCGCCCCAAGCCGCAGGCUCAGCUGGAGGCGCAGCACUGGCAGGAGCUGGAGCGGAGCCGCCAGCGCCGGCAGUCGGCGCUGCAGCGGGGAGGCUCCGCCUGUGGGCCCGCGCACCGCCUGGAGGCCGCCUGAGCAGGGCGGGCACGCCCCCGGACCCCGCGACGCACUCCUGAAUAAACCGCGCGGCCUGCCGUUUGCGCCUCCUCUUCCUCCUCCGCGCCCCGGUGCCGCUCCCCAGCCCCCCACGCCCCUCCUGCCCUUGUCUCCACCUGCGCAGAGCAGAUAAAACGCUGGACGGCCAAUCAUCGCGACAACCUUGUGCCAAAAAAGUAUCCGCUCUUAUCUGGAAUUCCAAUUUAUGUGGGCGUCCCGUAUUGUAUGUGCUAAAUCUGGCCACCCUAACCCUUCCCUACACCCUAGCGCGAGGCAUUCGAGGCGCCCCCUCUUCGGAGCUCCCAGAGCCCCCUCUGUACGUGCAAACCUGGAAUCUCCACUCUCCAUCUGGAAUCCGGUGGCUUAACCAGGGGACCCCCAAGACUCGGUGUGUGAUUGUGCACCUGCGUUUCGUCAGACCAGUGUCUGGGAUUCUCGAGCCACUAGAAACUGGCCCUCCUCAUGCCUUAGCUCAUGUAAACCUCACCUCAGUGGGGGUCAGGCUGGGGAUGUAGGAGUGCUCUCCAGCCCCUAUUCUACCGAGGAGGCCGCUGGUGCUAAGGUGAAGUGCCCCAAGAGCUCCAAGAGCUGGGACCCAAAGCUAAGGCUGGGUGACUUCAGAACAGCCUUCUCCAGCAUCACCAAAGGAACAAGAUUCACUCUCCUGGGUCCUGGGUCUCCGAACCAGACGGGGUGAGGUCUUGAGGACAGGUUGGCUGAGUGAAAGCCUGCUGUGCUGCAGCUGCCAGGAAGGAGAGAGUAUGGGCCAGCCCAGGGGGUGCGGGGCAGUAAGGGAGGGGCUGGAAACCCCCAGGUGGGUGGAUGUCCAGGGGAGAGAUCCCUGCCCCCCCCAUCCUUCUUGGGUCUGCAGAGAAGAAGGCACCUCAGCAGACGAGGCUCGACCCCACGGCACAUUCAAAUCAGGAAGGGGGGCAUUUCGAAGUGACAAGAACAGAAUAGAUAAAGAGCAGAGUUCCCGCCCAAUACCCUGAACCUCAUCAGAACCCCAGGACUUUUCCACAACCAAGGUUGGUAAAAAGAGGAAUUUCCAACUUCCUGGUCCAAUUAGAGCUGGGAGCAGAUUGCAUUUCAUUUAAAGAAAUAAACAUGACAUUUUA